AACGGUACUAUAAAAAUAUAAUUUCCAUUAACUUCCCCCAACCGACAUCUCUCUUCUACUUCAUUUAACAUGUCUGUUCUCGACCAAAUCAAGCAAUUCACUACCAUCGUCGCCGAUUCUGGUGAUUUCGAAACUAUCGCCCAAUACAAGCCCCAGGAUGCUACCACCAACCCCUCUUUGAUUUUGGCUGCUGCCCAAAAGGAAUCUUAUGCCAAGUUGAUUGAUGAAGCUUUGCAGUUCGGUAAGGCCAAGGGAGGUUCCUUGGACGAACAAACCGAGUGGGCUUUGGACAAGUUGCUCGUCAAUUUCGGUAGCGAGAUUCUCAAGAUCGUCCCUGGUCGUGUCUCCACUGAAGUCGAUGCUCGUUUGUCCUUUGACAAGGAUGCCACCAUCGAGAAGGCUCUUCGUCUUAUUGCUUUGUACAAGGAUAUUGGCGUUGCAAAGGAGCGUAUUUUGAUCAAGAUCGCUUCCACCUGGGAAGGUAUCCAGGCUGCUCACAUCCUUGAGACCAAGCACGAUAUUCACUGCAACUUGACCCUUCUCUUCGGUUUCGGUCAAGCUGUUGCUUGCGCUGAGGCUGGUGUCACUCUCAUCUCUCCCUUCGUUGGUCGUAUCCUUGACUGGUACAAGGCUUCCACUGGUAAGACCUACUCUGCCACUGAGGACCCUGGUGUCGUCUCUGUCAGCAACAUCUACAAGUACUACAAGGCCCACGGUUACAAGACCAUUGUCAUGGGUGCUUCUUUCCGUAACACCGGUGAAAUUGAAGAGCUCGCUGGCUGCGAUUUCUUGACCAUCUCUCCCAACCUUCUUGCCGAACUCCAAAAGGAUAACAAGAAGCUCGAGCGCAAGCUUAGCCCCGAAGGUGCCAAGAACGAGAAGAUUGAGAAGGUUUCCUUCUUCAACGAUGAGAAGAAGUUCAGAUGGGAAUUGAAUGAGGAUCCCAUGGCCACUGAGAAGCUUUCCGAAGGUAUCCGCAAGUUCGCUGCUGACGGUCGUAAGCUUGAGAGCACUCUCCGUGAGCGUAUCCAAAAGUUGUAAAUAGCCUCUUUGUGACUGGCCUAGGUGCUACGGGGUGGCUAUCCCCACUUUCCACUGUUACACUGGGCCUGUGGUCGAUCAUGUAGAAAUUUCCACCCUUUUUAACUCGUAAAAAAAAAAAAACUCCCUCACUUACAUUAGCAUGAAAAAUGCACAAAGGCACAAAUAUGCACCCAAUAAAUCCCAACGUAGGCUGUAACAUGGUGCGUCCAUGAUAUCCCAAACAAAAUUCUCACUUGAUUUAC